AUGACUUUCCAGCCAGAUUCACAAGAACUAGGACAGGUCAGUUGCUGUUUCGCAUUCGGCACCAAAUAAUUGGCAUAAUUAAUCGAAAAGUGAAAUAGGAGCUCGUAAACUUUUGAGCUAUUCGGGAGUAUUUCUGUUUACGAUGCCAAAAGUGGUCGGAUCUCAAACGAUCUCAAACCCAAUAAUUUGCAGGUGAUUCAACUGCUCCAACACUCGCAAUCGACUGAUAGAGAUGUGCAGAGAUCAGUGCAGCAGCAACUCGUCCAGCUCAAUGAACACCAACAGUUCUGCUGUUAUCUCGUCUACAUUCUCAGCGAAAUGAAGCAGGCGAUCGACGCGACGAGCAGGUCACUCGCAGGACUGCUCCUCAAGAAUAACAUCCGUGCAAAGUGGAACAAGUACCCGACAGACGUCAAGUUCUUCGUCAGAACCACGUGCCUCAAGAGCAUUGGAGAUCAAGAGCCAUUGAUUCGAGCGACGGUCGGAAUCAUUGUGACCACGAUCGUCAUGGAGGAGAACAUGUGCGACUGGCCGGACCUCCUCGACACACUUUCCACAUUACUCAUGCAACCAGACGAACUACUACAGGAAGGAGCUCUUGGAGCAUUGCAAAAGGUCUUCGAGGACUCCGCAGAUCGUUAUGAAUCGGACUACCUCCGUCCAAUUCUGCCGAAAGUUUUGAUCUUCUACGAACAUCACAGUCCGAAAAUGCGUGCUUUGGCGAUGAAUUGCGUCAAUUGCAUUCUGAUGGUGAACAACGAUCCGAUUGACUACGCCAUCGACCAGUUUCUCACAUCUCUAUUCGCUCGUCACAAUGACGAAGAUGAAGAAGUGCAGAAGCAACUGUGCAGGUCGUUAACGCUUCUUCUGGAUACGCACAUUGAUAAGAUGAUGCCGCAUUUACCGAAUGUCAUCGAGUACAUCAUCAAGAAGACCCAAGAUCCGAGUGAAUCGAUCGCAUUAGAAGCCUGCGAGUUCUGGCUCUCAAUAGCAGAGAACAACGAGAUUUGCAGGACCAUGGUGCUUCCACACCUCGACAAACUCAUCCCAGUCCUUCUUGGAAGUAUGCGAUACUCAGAAUCGGAUCCAGCACUGAAAGCUAACGACGAGGAUAGUUCAGUGCCCGACAGAGAUGAGGAUAUCAAACCACGGUUCCACAAAUCAAAGCAACACGGAAUGGGGAACAUGACAGAGUCGGACGAAGAGGAAGACGACGACGACGAGGACGGAGGUGGCGACUGGAACAUAAGACGAUGCUCAGCGGCGUCUCUUGAUGUACUCGCGUCGAUAUUCGGGAAGGAUCUGCUCGAUAAGCUGUUCCCACUGCUCAAAGAGACACUUCUCAACGACAACUGGCUCGUGAAAGAGUCUGGGAUACUCGCACUUGGAGCGAUUGCGGAAGGAUGCAUGGACGGAGUGGUCCCCCACUUGGGAGAGCUCAUUCCUUUCAUGCUCACUAUGAUGUUCGACAAAAAGCCAUUGGUCCGUUCCAUCACAUGCUGGACUCUGUCCCGUUACAGCUCGCACGUGGUGUCCGAUGAAAACUUCCGGCAACAUUUCUUCAAAGAUGUUUUGGCCAAUGUAAGCUUCGCUUCAUUAGGAAUUAAUUUCAACUAUGUGAUUUCAGUUGCUUCGGUGCGCACUGGAUGGGAACAAGAAGGUGCAAGAGGCCGCGUGCUCCGCUUUCGCCACUCUCGAAGAGGAAGCUGGCGAGCAGCUGGUUCCAUACCUCGGCGAGAUUCUCGAACAACUCGUCAAGGCGUUCGAAUGCUAUCAAGCUAAGAACCUGCUCAUUCUGUACGAUGCAAUCGGAACUCUUGCAAACUCGGUCGGCGACGCGCUCAGCCAUCCGCACUAUGUACAAAUGCUGAUGCCGCCGUUGAUGCAGAAGUGGGAACGACUGAACGACGAAGACAAGGAAUUGUUCCCGUUGCUCGAGUGCAUUUCAGCCAUUGUCUCGGCCAUGGGCCAAUCUUUCCUCCCGUACAUCCAGCCUGUCUUCAUGCGUUGUUGUUUGCUCAUCGAAAAGUGUGUCCAACAGAACCAGCAACACGUUUUGACUCCGGAGCACGUGGAAUUGGCUGAGACCGACUUUAUCAUUGUGGCCCUUGAUCUUCUGUCCGGUCUGGCCGAGUCGCUUCCUGAGCAUAUGGAGCCUUUGGUUGCCAACAGCAAGCUCGUCGAACUGAUGCUCUUCUGCUCGAUGGAUCAUACAACCGAUGUCAGACAGUCGUGUUUCGCUCUUCUCGGAGACCUCACGAAGGCGUGCCCGGAACGUGUUAUGUCGCAGAGUAGUAAGUAACUUGCCCCAGACUUAUGUAGAAAAAUAUCGAAACCCGUAGAAAUAAGUACGCAAACACAGAUAUACCAAAAUGCAGAAAACUCAGAAUAUUAGACUCCUCGUGGCAUUUUUAAUCGUUCUGUCAAAUUUCAUGUCUCAAAUGAAUAGUUACUAAAGGGGCGAAAAAGGCAAUCAAAAAUGAGUGAAAACAGUGUGCGCACACCUUGCAUUAGGCCCCGCCCAUUUUACGGGAUUUGACUCUACGGGUUUUGUAAUCUACGAGUUUCGAAUUUUCUUCGGGAUUGUCACACUCUCCACUUAUGAUGUUGCAGAACUCUACAUGCUUGCAGGCAACUUCAUUUUCUUCCUCACUCAAAAUCUGGAUCCAGGGAAGAUCAGCGUGUGCAACAAUGCGAUUUGGGCACUCGGAGAGCUAGCUCUGAAGAUGGGACCGGGAAUGAAACCAUAUGUGCCCUCGCUUAUUGAACCUCUGAUCAAUGUGAUCAACCAGAACAAUCAGACUAUGCAAAGGACGCUCUUGGAGAAUACUGGUAAGCAUCAGAUAACAUUUCUGCUAUCAAAUACUUCUUUCGUUCAGCUAUCACAAUCGGCCGUAUCGGACAGAGCUGCGCAGAUGAACUCGCCCCACACAUCCACCGCUUCAUACGUCCGUGCUGCUAUUCUCUCCGAAAUAUCAAAGACAACGCGGAGAAGGAAAGCGCGUUCAUUGGACUUUGCACCAUGAUCAACAUAAAUCCUGUUGGAGUGCUCAACGAUUUCAUUUUCUGGUGCGAUGCCGUCGCCUCUUGGAAUCAGCCGACCGAUCACCUCAGAGCACUUUUCGGAGGAGUACGUUUCUCGAAGUUUUGCAACUUUCAUUACCAUCUGUUCCAGAUUCUGCUCUCCUUCAAAAACCAAGUAGGCGAAUUCCACUGGACCAACUUCAUUCAGCAACUUCCGCCGCCCCUUCGUGACCGACUCGCCGCGUUUUAUCAGAUCUAA